UGAAAUUUUUGGAGCUCCAGUGUUGGUGAUGCAGAUAGUCGACAAUUGGAACUUGGCGGUAUAACUGCGCCCUACGCCCCAUUUGGGCCCGAUAUGCUGAAGACCAGGCAACGCUCCUUAUUUGUGUGAACUAAGUUACUCUGCGACCAUUUAUUUGCCUGUCGUUGCUGCUCGAAUGGCCGGCACUUCAAGGCCUGCCUUCUUGCUAGGCAAGGCGCGAGUAUGUCAGAGGUGCUUGAGAGCUCAAGCUAGGGGCUCUGCAUUGUCACAAGGACAAGGUCGAUUGAUCCAUUUGUCGGUCCUAGCAAAGCGUGAAAAGGCUGCAAAAGCAUGGGAGGACUAUUCAAAGGAGAUCGAGGCAGGCACCCGACCACAUCUUUGGGAUAUGCUUGAGGAGCGAGGAUAUAUCAAGGACAUAGCAGGACAACGAGAUGUGGUUCGGGAACUUAUGCGCCAAAGACGAAUAGGCGCCUAUGUUGGAAUCGACCCAACGGCCUCUUCCCUCCAUGUUGGCCAUCUACUGCCACUCAUGCCUCUUUUCUGGAUGUACAUGCACGGCUAUGGAGCAACGACCCUAAUAGGAGGCGCAACUGCCAAGAUUGGAGACCCGACCGACCGAUUGAAGACCAGGGAGAAGAUGGACAGGGCCACCAUGACGAUGAACAUGACCAAGGUGCACUACCAACUGAAGAAGAUAUGGAUGAACGUCGAGACUCAGGCCACAAGGCAUGGCUAUAAGAAGGAAUGGGCGUGGAAGCGUGCCAUUGUCAACAACAAUGCCUGGUGGAACGCUCUUCCCAUGCUGGAGGUCCUGCGGAGGAUUGGCACUUCGAUGAGGAUAGGGCCCAUGCUCUCUCGCGAUACUGUCAAGAGAAAGAUGACCGAAGGCGACGGAGUAUCCUUUGCUGAAUUUAGCUACCCUCUCAUGCAGGGCUGGGAUUGGUGGCACAUGUUCAGCUCCAUGAACGUUCAGAUGCAAAUUGGAGGAUCCGACCAAUACGGCAACAUCCUAAGCGGUAUCGAGACGAUAAAGGCUGCCCGGUCAAGCGAGCCCGACCCAGACCUAAAGCUGGCGCGCAACUCCGAAUACGAUGACCCAGUCGGCUUUACUGUGCCCCUCAUGACCGAUUCCUCGGGGGCCAAGUUCGGCAAGAGCGCGGGGAAUGCGGUGUGGCUCGACCCCUUCCAGACAUCUGCGUUCGACCUGUACGGAUACUUCAUGCGGAGGCCGGAUGCUGAUGUUGAGAGGCUUCUCAAGCUCUUUACCUUUUUGCCAGCGGAGAAAACACAGCAACUGAUGGAGGAGCACAACGCCGAUCCGUCCCAGAGGGUCGCCCACCAUGCUCUUGCGUUCGAGGUGACGACUCUGGCGCAUGGUUUUGAGGUAGCGCGAGAGACCCAAGCGGAGCAUCGUGCAAUGUACAGCAAAGGUUCAGGGCAAGUCCGCACCGCAAGAGCAGACCAACCUCAAGAGGCCGAGUACACCCCACAAGAGGGCAGGCCAACAACGCUGAACAACGCGCCCCGGAUAGACAUGAUCCUCCCAGAAUCCGUGGUCUUGGGCAAGUCCAUCGGGCGCAUUCUCUUCGCGGCCGGUCUUGCGACCAGCGCCGCCGACGGCCACAGACUCGCCAUGCAGCAAGGGGCCUAUGUCGGGGCCGCGCCGGGGCAAAAGGCCGGCACCAACAAGGGCAUGCUCCUCGGCCAACUCCAGUUCACGCCCGUCAAGGCCUGGUUUCCCGAGGACACCAAGAACUUCCUCAUCGAUGGGAAGCUACUGAUCCUCCGCAAAGGAAAGCACAACAUCAGGGCCAUCGAGAUGGUCAGCGACGAGGAGUUCGAGGCCUCGGGGAGGACCUAUCCGGGCCAGCCGUACACCGGGAAGGUCCGAAUGCUGAACGAGAAGCUCAAGGAACUGAAAGCGGGGAAGACCGAGGCCGACGGAAUCACAGCCAGGGAUGACUUUGAUAAAGCUUUCGACACCGCAAUUGAAGGCGAGGACUCGGAAGCCGAGCCAUCGAUUGUCUUCCCCGAGGAGAAGACGCGUCAGCAAGUGGCGCUGGAAGAGAAGCUGAAGAAACACUCCUAAACAUAACUACUUUCACGGGGUGGCAGUCGGACGUAGGGGGGGAUUGUACGAAAUGUAUUGUAUUGUAGAUACCACUGAGACGGGGAUUUGUGUGUAUUACCUGAUGAUACCUGUGUAUCGGAAAUAGCUGUUACACUUAGAGAUAGACAAACCUCCCAAUUCAUCGGGCCUCAGAAAAGGGCCCGUCCAACAAUUCAACCCAAU